AUGGCUGUGUUUGGCAUUGCUGAUUCAAAUGCAAACGAUGAGGUGAUGAAAUUUCAACUUGGACGUUACGUGAGUUGUAAUGAGGCAAUUUGGCGGCUGUUUUCAUUUACAAUUCAUGAACGUCACCCGACUGUCGUACAUUUGGCAGUUCACUUAGAGAACGGCCAGCGUGUAUACUUUACGGAAGCGAACGCAGCGCAAAGAGCAGAACGACCACCAGCGACGACAUUGACAAAUUUUUUUUCGACAAGCGAAAGUGAUCCGUUCGCGAGGACUUUACUAUAUUCGGAAAUGCCACGAUAUUAUACAUGGAAUGCUACAUCAAAGAAGUUUCAACGCAGGAAGAAAGGUGAUGCUGUUGCUGGCUUCGCAGAUGUCUAUUCGACUGAUUCCCUCGGACGAAUAUACACAGUUCAUCCAUGCCAAGACGAAUGCUGGUGA